AUGCACCACUCAAACCAGAUAGGCAAGCUUGUAGCAGUAUUAGUAGCAAUACAAUCUGCAAACCCAUUAACACCCAUUAAAAUAGUAACUGACUCAAAAUAUGUAAUAAAUAGCCUAAACACUCACCUUGAUGAUUGGGAAAAUGCAGGAUGGAUCAAUAUUUCAAAUGCCCAACUGUUUAAAGCAAUAGCAUAUCAGCUACACUGGUGCUCAGCCCAAACCACCUUCCAAUGGGUCAAAGGACACAGUCAAGUGAUGGGAAACAAAAGGGUAGACCAACUUGCCCAAAACAGAGCUUUGAAAAUAACCACUGAUGUCAUUGAUACAUAUGUACCUAGAAACUUUGACCUCCAGGGUGCAAAAAUGUCAAGAAUCACACAGAGACUAGCAUACAAAGCAUUAAUGAUGAAAAAAAAACACAUAAAAUACAAAAGACCAACCUUGGGCCUAUUAGAUGUCAUGAGAUAUGCCAUCAAAGCACUAACAACUAUGCUAGAGACAGAUGAAUCCAUAUGGCAAGGCUGCAGAAACAAAGACCUCUUGAAAAAAGUACAAAUCUUCCUAUACAAAACAUUAAACAAUGCCUUCCACAUUGGAGACUUCUGGACACAAGUACCCACCCUUGAACACAGAGCAUGCUGCCAGUCAUGCAGGGAAGAACCUGAGUCCAUGGAACACAUACUGACCCAAUGUAGCAACCCAAUAAGAAAACAAACAUGGGACCUUGCCAAAAACCUAUGGCCAGAUAAACAUGGCCCAUGGCCCGAACCCCAUAUAGGACUCAUCAUGGGCAGCAGGAACAUAUCUGUCAUAUCCUUUAUGCUGGACCUAGAUCCCAUAAUAUUCCCAUGCCUUCCAAGCCUAUAUCUGGACCCCAUAUCCAACUGA